UAUUCUUCUAUUUUGCAGCUUCUGUGGUUUUAAUGUACAUACUUUUCUUUCCCUCUUGGAGCAAUCUCAAACAAUCAGAUCUUUCCUAAUCCAACAUUAAUUUCUUCUUAAUUUUUUAAUUAAAAGCAAAUUAAACUUCUGGUUUAGGUAAGGUAUGUCUUAGUCUAUCUUUGGAAGCAAUGAGUCAUCCAUCACAUCACCUUCCUUUAUUACAUAAACCCAAAUCCAUGUUUCUGUGUUCUGUCUCUGUGUUCAUUCAUUUUCCAAAGAAUGAGAGCUUUUGUGAGAGGGUUACUAGCAAGAGCUUAUGAAAUCCCAAAGAUUCAGAGGAAAGUAACGGCCGGGUUUGGUUGCGUAACUUGGCCUCCGCCGCCGGAGAAAGGGUUGGAGAAUUUGACGGUGGCGGAUGUGCUCUCCAUAAAGGAGACAGACUUCAAUACGUGGAUGUCAUGCCGAACAAACGACACCGUCUUUGACGCGGUUAAGAAUAUGGCAAAGCAUAAUAUUGGAUCGUUGGUUGUCUUAAAACCUGGAGACCAGCAAAAUAUUGCAGGCAUAGUGACAGAGAGAGACUAUAUGAAAAAGAUCAUUUGGGCAGGAAGAUCAUCAAAACUUACAAAAGUUGGAGAAGUUAUGACUGAUGAGAGUAAUUUGAUCACUGUUUCUUCUGGAACAAACAUAAUCAAAGCAAUGCAGCUUAUGUCAGACCAUCAUAUAAGACAUGUACCGGUGAUUGACGGGAAGAUAGUAGGACUGAUCUCUAUGGUUGAUGUGGUUAGAGCCAUUGUGGACCAUCAAAAUGGAGAGCUCAAACGUUUGAAUCAGUUCAUCAAAGGAGACUAUUACUAGCUUAGAUCAAUCCACAUAAGAAGAAUUGAAGAUGUCUAGCUUCUAUUAUAUCAUUAAUAACUAUGUAUAUACUAUCAGUAAUGUACAUAUCGUUUCACAUAUCUAGACUCCAAUUCAGCAUAAUUAGGUCCAAAAUAUCUAAAUUUCAUACAAUAAAUAAAA